UCACACUCAUACACCAAAACACAAUCAGCUGCAAACAAAACCAUAAAAGUUCACCAUGUUAGCAAGCAGCAGCAGAGUCUUUACAUUUAAAAACUCGCUUCCAUUUUUCAAUCUCCCCACCAAAACCCACAUGGAACCACCGCCCAGAUUUCUAAAUGCCGCCGCUUUGAACUCCGCUUCUCAGUCGCCGGAAUCUCCCCCUAGAACAUACGAUUCCAACGACACUUCUGAUCACUCUAUAUCACUGCAGGAAUGGCAAGGAUGGGGCACUGUGUCGCCUGUACCAGCUAAAGUUUCGGAAAUUGUUGAGGAUUUGAAGGUUUUGCAGAGAAAUGUUGAUACCCAGAUGAGUUUUGGUGGCAAAGGAGGCAAACUUCAGGGGGAAUUCAAAAUUCAUGAAGACAAGAAACAUAGAGCAACAUAUGUGGCCUUAGAUGGUUCUGAGAAUAAGAUCCAAUUCUUUUCGGCCAGACAAAUAGCGUGCCGUGUGCUUGGGAGUAGAGGUUAUCUUUGUCAGAAGUGUUGGCUUCCUUUGGAAGAAGAUUGCAUGUGUUCGAAAGUCGAGCAUUGCUCUCUUUGGCCUGGUAUACGGUUCUGGUUAUAUAUGCAUCCGAAGGAUUUUCUACGGCAAAACAAUACUGGAAAGUUGUUAUGGCAAGUAUUCGGGGUUCAGUCAGCUACUUUGUGCCUUUAUGGCAUUCCUGAACAAGAGGAGAUCAUGUGGAAUGAAUUCAAGCUUGCAGGAAAGGCCAACGUUUGGUGCCUUUACCCCAACAAGAACGCAGUUACGCAGUCUGUCUGUGAUGCUUUUGGCCAGAGAUCUUCCUCUGAUAGAGAGCGCUCUCCUACUGUGAUGAAUGAAGACAAAGCUCUGAAUUUUAUUUUGAUUGAUGGCACAUGGAGUAACUCUGCUGCAAUGUUUAAUCGUUUGAAGGAGCGUACAAAGUCAGUUUGGGGAGAGGAGAAUCUUCCUUGCAUCUCCCUGGCCACUGGCGCUUCUACGAUGCACAAACUCCGACCGCAGCCAUCAUGGGAUCGUACCUGUACAGCAGCAGCAGCCAUUGGCCUUCUCUCUGAGCUGCAAUAUCUUCCAGAGUUCAGCUCCUGUGGAUUGGAUAAACAGGCUGAAGCGCUAGAGGAUUCCUUAGUUGCUCUAUUAGAGGCACUAACAACACGACGUCUCAGAAUGGGCAGGUCAAUAACCCGUAAAGUGAGACAUAACAUCAAUUCCCAGCAAGGGCCUCCUGACGGUAAUAUUCAGGAGACAAUUAUUUAACUACACAGGUUUGUUAUACGGAAGAAUUUUUUCCAUUUAGCAGUGAAUCAAUUUAAAUUCACCUUUUCUAUCACCUCUAUGCAUAUGCAUCUUGAGUAGAUUGAAACACAAGAAACAAAUUUAGCAACAAAAUUAAGAUUGUUUUGGUCUUGGUUUUAUCCUAUUUUUAGUUUCUUUCAUUAUUAGCUAGCUUAAGCAGUUCUUUAGUAAUCUAACGUCUUAAAGUAGACGUUAAUAUAGUAGGUAACCUCAUUUCGGCUUUUGUGGGACUAUUCUAAUUAUAAGAACAAUGAACUCGAGGUGUGAUUUUUUAUUGUGAAGGUUCAUUGCAGUAUGAUUCUCUUCUGAGAUAAACUUCCAUCAAGUAUAGCAUGACAUCUCGGUUGAAGAUAACCAAAAACGGCUGAAAGGAUACAAUCGCGUAGUUCUUUGUCCUUGAUUUCACUGUUGAAAUUUUGAUCUUUACAUGAACAUUUUUGUUUUUAGGUCAUUUCGCAAUAUAUCUGCCUAGAUUUUUUGUACUAAAAAGCUUAUAUAUAAAUUCUCUGAAAUUGUCUUUGUGUUCA